AUGGCGACCCUUCCCCCCGAACUGGCCGAUCGCAUCGUCGAUUUCCUGCACAACGACUGGCGCGCCUUGCUCGCCUGUUUCCACCUUGGGACUGUCACGGUUCGCCUGCACGCCUCAUCCACCCCGUACACCGAUAUCCAAGAGUUUCUCCACAGCUUCUCCCCGUCCUCCCCUCUCGCCCCUCUAGUCCACACCCUCACCCUCCUCGGUGCAAGUGAUCGCCUCAACUCCGAACCUGCUCCCUGCGCCUCGACCUCCGCGCAGAUCACAGCCCAGUCUCCCCUGCGGCGCGCGCCGUUCCCGCCCCUCCUCGACCUCCGCCACCUCCCCGGCCUGCGCGCCCUCACGGUCGCGCACGCCACCAUCCAGCUCCCGCGCCGCUUCGCCCGCUUCGUCUGCGCGCUCCCUGCCCUCGAGCACCUCGCGGUCGACGACGUCGCGGCGAGCGAGAGCACGGGUACAGGCCGGUCGUCGUUCGUGUCCGACGCGGGGCCGUCCGUGGACACGCGCGCUGCGCUCCGCACGCGGCUGCGGACGCUGCGUGUCGGGGUGCCUUGCGCGCUCCCAGCGAGGGAGCACGGAUGGGCGAGGGAGCCGGCGGAGCGGGUGUAUGCGCCCCUGGUCGGGUGUCUCCGUCCCGCGGAGGGGGAGGAGGGCGGGCUGGCGGAGUUCUCUGUGCGCCCGCGAGACCGGCCCGUGGACGUGCGGUGGCUCGACGAGGUGUGGACGGCGAGCGCGCGGACGCUCGCGUCGCUCGAGCUGUCCUUCUGGGACACGAUCGGCCCCGACGCCUCCGAGACGGAGGCAGACGCGAUGUUCCGCGACCUCUGCACGUGCACCGCGCUGCGCGUCCUGUCCAUCCGUUACGGCCCCCCACCCGUGCCGACGUCUUCGUCCAAUCCGGAGCCCCGCGAGGCGUUCGUGUGCGCGCUCGCCCGCGCGCUCGCCCCCGACGGCGCCGCGCGGUUUCCUGGCCUCGAGGCCUUCGCGCUGACUCUGCGCGUGGGCGCCGGAGACUCGCUGCCCGAACGGCCCCGGCCUGACGCCUUUGACGCGCUUUGCGCAGCGUUGGCAUCCCCGGGCUUCGAGGCGCUGCGUCAAGUGGACUUCGCGGUGGACGUGGCUGGAGGUCCACGCGCCGUUCGAGAUGCGUCGUGGGCCGAGGCGGUGGAGGAGGGCCGGUGGGGUGCGUACAUGGAGAUGGUGAACCUGGCGUUGGAGGAGCUCCGUGAAGAACGGGCGAUCAGGACGUCGGCGAAGUGCGUCGGUGCGGACGGCGUAUCCCAACUGUACGCGUUGUAG